GAAUGCAGCAAGUAAAUGAUUGUGCCUUAUCGAACAACUCCCUCAUCUCACAGGGAGGACUUUGAACACACCGAGGAAUUUCAACAAGCCACGGGAAGCAGCCGCCUCAGAGAGAAUUCCACUUUCCCUUUUUCCUUCAAGCUGUUUUUGCUGCCCAAAGAGGAAAAGACAACCAUGAGGAUUGUAGUGUGCGCGCUCUUGCUGCUAAACACGGCUGAUUCCGUGGAUCAGGCCAGACGAUCUGAAGCAAGAGACAACGUCCCUGCAGAUCACACGGGUUCUUACGUGGGGAAACUGCUGGUGAUACCGAUGGAUGGGAGUCACUGGGUGGGUAUGAAGGCCAUUUGUCAGGAAAUGGGUCGACGCGGACACCAAGUGACUGUUGUGAUGCCAGAGCUCACCAUUCUGAUGGGUCCAGGGGAGCACUACGAGACGCUGACUUUCCCUGUUCCAUUUGACAAGGCAUUUGUGGACUUUGUGAUGUCCAAGAAUGAAGACGUGUUAGAGAAAACUUCGCAGUCUUUCGUAGAGAAAAUUCAGGACAAAUUCUCACACAUACAAAGAAUUGCGGGACUGCUUCACACCAUUGCAGAGAGCCUUCUCUUCAAUGACAGUCUUAUUUCACAUCUGGCUCAGCAGAGAUUUGACGCUGUCCUGACAGACCCCAUGGUGCCCACAGGCGCUUUAAUAGCUCGGAAAUUAGGUAUUCCAACAGUUAAUCUGCUGAGAGGGAUUCCGUGUUUUUUGGACAUGCAGUCUGCAGGGUGUCCAUCGCCGCCUUCCUAUGUGCCUCGCUUCUUCACGGGCCUCACCGAUAAAAUGACCUUUAAACAACGGGUCGUCAACACUUUGGUGAGUGCGCUGGAACCACUCCUCUGCCGACUCAUCUAUUGGCGUUUUGACCAAUUUGCUUCCAAGUUCCUGGAAGAGGACCUGAGUGUAGCUGAUGUGCUCUCAGACUCUGCAAUCUGGCUGCACAGGAUUGACUUCACAAUGGAGUUCCCACGGCCGUUAAUGCCUAAUAUGGUGCCAGUUGGGGGCAUCAACUGCAAUGUGAGAAAUCCUCUGCCUGACGAUUUGGGGCCCUGGGUGUCAGGAAAAGAUGGAUUUGUUGUCUUCACACUUGGGACCGCAUUGAAAAAAAUGCCAAAUGAGAUAACCCAAAUCUUCUUUGAAGCGUUCAGACAAAUUCCACAGAAGGUAAUAUGGAGAUAUUCUGGACCUGUUCCCGAUAAUACACCAGAAAAUGUAAAGAUGAUGAGCUGGGUGCCCCAAAAUGACUUACUUGCUCAUCCUGGAGCUCGGGCCUUCAUCACUCAUGCUGGCUCACAUGGGGUGUUCGAGGGACUUUGUCAUGCCGUUCCAAUGGUCAUGCUACCUGUUGGUGGGGACCAGCCUGACAAUGCAGCAAAAAUGGCAAGUAGAGAAGUGGGAGUGGUGUUGGAUAUUUUAUCCAUCACUGCAGAAGACCUGCUACAGGGACUGAAUGAGGUCAUUAACGACACCAAGUACAAAGACAACAUGAAGAGGCUGUCCGCGUUACACAGGGACCGUCCUGUUGAUCCACUGGACCUUUCUGUGUACUGGACCGAGUUUGUGAUGCGGCAUAAAGGUGCCAAACACCUCAAAGCAGCCGUGCAUGGCCUCAACUGGUUCCAGUACUUCUGUCUGGAUGUAAUAGCGCUACUUGUUACAGUUGUGCUGGUUUUUAUAGUCUUGACAGCUAAAUGUUUGAUGUUCUGCUGUCAGAAAAUGAGCAGAAAGAGCAAGCAAGAUUAGAUGAGAAUUAAACAAAAAACAGAACAAUGCAGGGAGAGCUGCACAUUUUUUGAGGACAAUAAGUGAAGCCAUGUAGUGAGCAAAGAGACUUUUAGUUAAUAAAUGAAUUCAGAAUAGCACUGGAAUCAAAGACGGUGUAUUGGGGACAAGAGUGGGGAUUACAAUGUGCAUUAGUGGGAACCCUUCUUUGGUGGAAAAAAGGCAUACUCAACAGCCAGAGCAACAGUAAAGGCAGCAAAGCCCCACUUGAAUCCUCUCAGCAGUACGUCGGACAGAGUCACAGCACGCGCAAAGCCACCCGCAUACCUCCAUGCCUCAUUUCUAAACAAUGAGAUAGACACAGUUGAGUAAGCAAUUAUAGAAUUAUCAGAAAUGUCACAAAUAAAUAAAAAGUCUGUCCUAUGUAAAUGCUUACCGGGCCCAUGGGUCAUUGAGGCCCCUGGCUGCCAGUCUUUGCUGUGUAAACUCCAGUGGAGUGCCCUUUGUCUUCCAUUGCUGCCAGUCUGGCAUGGACAUCUUGCUGUGGCCAUGGUCACCUCCCAUACUAAUUAAUGAGUGUAUAAAGAUGAACAUAUUUACCUUGAAAGCCCUGAUUUAACGUACACUAAAUACCACAAUCAAAU